GUGAGGUCGCAACGCUGGCAAUGGCGGAACGGAUGAUCGGACACCUAAAGAGGCGUCGGACCGGAACCGGAUGUAGCCAAAUGUGCUUGAACUGAACAACAAAAAAAAAACAUCGCAAACAUUAACAGAGCAAGGGUUUACAGAUCGUCUGCGGGGGGUGGGGAUGAGAAACAUUUACGUCAACAAAUAACCAAAAGAUACUGAACAUCCGCUGACAUUUGCGCCAUGAAUCCGUCCAACCCGUUUGGCAGUCCACAAGGUGGGGCUUUCCAAGCUCCCAACAACACCAUGAAGACUGGUUUGUUCCCCUCAUUUGGACAACAAAACCCAAGCAACCAGCCCCAGCCUAUGGGCUUCUAUCAGCCGUCAGCGUUUGGACAGCCAUCUGCCUUAAAUCAGCCCCCACCUCAUGGAAAUACCAUCUUUGGACAGGCCCCUGCCUUUGGACAGUCCACGCAGCCCCCCUCGCUGCCUACAGUGAGCCAAGCUCCAGCAUUUGGGCAGCCGUCACUAGGGAUGAGCUCAGGCUUUAGUAGUAACCCUGCGCCGGCUUUUGGACAGACAAGUGGAUCGAACCAGAGUUCGGUCUUUGGGCAGACCCCUGCAUUCGGACAGCCCUCUGCAUUUGGGCAGGCUCCGGGAUUUGGCCAACAGCCACCUGGGUUUGGGAACACCCAGAUGGUGUCCGGCUCCACCGCUGCCAUAGGCCAACCGCAGCCACUGGGUUUUGGACAGUCUGUGUUCGGACAGCCGUCAUCUACCACCGUCACCACCAGUGUAUUUGGCGCGGGUCAGAGUGUGACCCAGAGCAGAGGCUUUGCACCAUCAAAGUUCAGUUUCAAGCCAGCCACUGAGGCUCUGUUCAAACCCAUCUUCAGUGCCAGCCCUGAGCCCGCUAACCCUCAAACUACUUCAAUGUCCAGCUCACCUUUUAGCAGCAGCGUGUCCCAGAUGACCUCUAGCAGCAGCAGCACCACCACCACCACCACCGGCUUCCCCCUAUUACCUGGUGCUAAGUCUGGGACGCUGGGUUUCAGUUUCUCACAGCCGGCUGCAGCUCCCUCGAUCUCUACUCAGAACAAUCCACUAACAAGUGGCAGCAGCACCGGCCCCUCCAACAAUCUGCAGUUCACCUUUUCCCAGCCAGCUGCCCUCUCCAGCUCCAGCACUCAGGCAUCCGCCACCCAGCCCACCACCCCGUCGUCUUUCAGCUUUUCAGCCAAAGCCCCCGAGCCCCAAGCAACACCCCUUUUUGGAGGAACCAAUUUUGGCCAGCCCCCACCUUAUGUAGACACCAACGCCAAAGCAGAGACUAAUACGGAUGAGAAAGGGAGCGGCAUUGAGAGUCUAGGAGACACAAAUGUAUUUGCACGAUUGGGCAAAGGCACCAAGCGCAAGGAAGAUCCAGCUGCCCCGAGCACUGGCCCGGAGACGCCUGUCACAGAGGAGGAGGUUCCAGCAGAAUCAGAUUCACCGAGACAUCCCUCAAAGAGGCCCCUGAUGAGGUCCCGCGGCCCACCAGUAGGCUUAUUUGGCAGGGCACUGAAUGCGCUCCGUAGAGAUGGCCCUAACCCAGCGAGGCGUGAGGACACAAAAGACACUCCGCAGGAAGCGUUGACGCAGGAGGAGACAGAGAGGGAAGAUGUCCAAGCUAAGAGUGACAACCUACCUGCUGCACAACCCAUAACGCAAACACUGACCUGGGAUGUGCAGGAAAAAGAGCAAGAAUCAGACUCCGCAAGGCCCCCGGAUCCGAAGCUCGAAACCACCACCCCUGUGAAACGUAGCGUACGCACGGAGAGCUCAGAGAGCCUGGGCGGCAUGUCUCCCACUGACUGCACCACCAUCAUGUGCAGGAAUGUUCCUCCAGCCUUCAACAAGAAGGACAUCAUCGAGAAGCACUUUGGUCGCUUCGGCAAAGUCGGCAGAAUCAUCUGCAAGCCUCCCAGGAACCAGGCCGUAGUACACUUCAAUGACCAUGCAUCAGCGGCCAAAGCAAAGAAGAAAGGCAAAGUCCUCCGUGGACAAGAACUCCUUCUCUUGUGGCAGAGAAAGAAGCAGAGUCCAGGUGACAAAGGGAGUAGGCCUGCAACGGGAGCAGCAGAGGGAGAAAGUCAGGAGCACGCAGAGUCCAAAGCCACUUCCUCCCCACUCAAAAGACCUUCACUCGUAGCUCCUGCACUCACCUCCACGAUGGCCUUCAGCCGCAGCUCUCCGGUGAAGAAGUCGUCAUUUGCCAAGGCGCUGCAGUUUGACACCGAAGUCCAGAAAGACAGCAGCACUGAAGCCCAGAGCUCAGAGCGCCCUGUCCCCUCCUCCCUCCUCCACCUCCUUGGCCAGGUGGCUGAGACCGCAGAGGACAAGUACCGCCUCCUGGAGCAGAGAGACAAGAUCCUGCGUCAAGGUCGGCCCAAGAGGACGGACUUAGACCUGUCUAAGGUGUUUGUGGGGACAUGUCCUGACAUGUGUCCAGAGAAGGAGAGGUACAUGAGGGAAACACGGAAACAGCUGAGCAUAUUCGAGGUCAUCCCGGAUUCUGAGAUGGUGGAUCACGCAGCAGCCAUCAAGGAGUACAGCCGCUCAUCAGCCGACCAGGAGGAGCCCCUGCCUUACGAGUUGCGCCCCCUGCCUGUGCUCAGCAUGACCAUGGACUAUCUAGUGACUCAGAUCAUGGACCUGGGCCAUGACAACUACCGGGACUGGUAUGACUUUGUCUGGAACAGGACCCGUGGCAUCCGCAAGGAUAUCACCCAGCAGCAUCUGUGCUGCCCACACACGGUGUCGCUGAUCGAGAAGUGCACACGCUUUCACGUGCACUGCGCUCACCACCUCUGCGAGGAGCACAUCUCAACUUUCGACGCCAAGAUCAACAACGAGAACAUGACAAAAUGCCUCCAGAGUCUCAAAGAAAUGUACCAGGACCUCGCCACGCGUAACAUCUACUGCUCCCGGGAAGCAGAGUUUCGCCUGUACAACGUGCUGCUGAAACUCAACGACGGUGACAUCCUACGUGAGGUGCAGCAGUUCCGUGACGAGGUGCGCAAUUCCCCGGAGGUGAAGUUUGCCGUGCAAGCAUUCACUGCAGUGAACAGCAACAACUUUGUGCGCUUCUUCAAGCUGGUGAAAGGAGCCUCCUACCUCGCCAGCUGCCUUCUACACAGAUACUUCAAUCAGGUCAGAGCUAAGGCCUUGAAGACCUUGAACUUGGCUCACACCGUGGGUCCGCGAUCAACUGCGUUUCCACUUGAGGACAUAGUUCGCAUGUUAAUGUUCCGCAACGCUGCAGAGGCGACUGACUUCAUCCAGCAGUACGGCCUCAAUGUCAACGAUGAUCUGGUAGAGCUGAGUCGGGUAGCCUAUCAGGAGCCAGAUCUGCCUCUAUCCCAGAAGAAGUCAGAGGUCAUCCUCUCAAAGAAAACAGUGUUGAUUGGAGAAGUGGUGAAUGGAGGCCCCCUCCCUAUUCUGCCCCAUCACAACCCUGUCUGCAGCUUUGACUCCCAGAACAAGUACCGUGGGGAAGGCCCUCUGGCUGAGCCCACUGCGAGCCAAUAUAAAGCUGUUGCUGCCAAGGUGAAUGCUGAGUUGCUGACACAGGCCGUGUCGGUCAAGGACCAUGGCAUGGCCCAUGCGUUUGGGAUGCCUCCAACUGUUACAGAUGAGACCGGAGAGCCCAGCGAACCGUAUCACAGCUCGGCCCACCCUGCUGAUGCUCAGCAGCUGUUCCAGCCGAUAUCUCAACCUCAGCCUGUCAAAUCAGCAUCUCCUCCACCCAAACCUCAGCCGGUGUACAGCAAUGAGGACGUUAUGGCUGUACUGGACUGUGUGAUUGAAGAGGUAGUUGAAUCAGCGGUGAGGGAGGUAGCCGAUGCUGGUGCCAGCUACGCCACCACAGCUCUCGCGGAGAGCAGUGUGCAGGCAGAGACUCUGGUGAGUGAGGUGUUGGGACAGAUGCUGCAGGAGAUGUCCUCCGCUGAGAUCAAGCUGGAACAGGAGCGUGUUACUGAAGAGAAACGCAAGGUUGAAGAAGCCAGGAGGAGGCAGGAGCAUGAGGCCUUCCUGGUUCAUUUCAGCUUCUCUCUCUGCACCGAGAUCAUCCAUGAAGUUUUGGAUGAGUCCAUCAAGGAGACCGCCACCUCUGAGAUCCAACGGGCAGUGAAUGAGAAAGCAGACCGUGUGGCUAAAUGCACAGAACAGGUCUGUAUGAGUCUCGUUGAGGAGACUUUGAAUGCAGACAUCGCUCUGUUAGUUGAAGAUAUCCUUGAAGCUGAGCUGCAACGCAUCCACAAGUACAUCAAAAGGUGGCGUGAUGUGGUAGCAGUACGUCGGCAGCUAAAGAGACAGAUGAGAGGUUUCCCUGCAGCUCCUUGCUGCGUGGACCCUCGAUUCAAACUGAAGGCUCUGGCUCCCAGCGCCCCAGCACAGCCCUCUAUGGCAGAUCUGGCCCGUGGUGUGGUCAACCUGGGAAACGCCGGCACCUUGGCCCUCUCCAGCACCAGGUUGUUGAAAAUGAGACAAGAAGUCAUCCACCAGAUGAGAGUCCACUACUACUAUCAGCUCCUGCUCGAUGAGACAGUGUGGGCACCUCUCGACCUGCCAGCACUAGUGACAGAAAGUAUCUCCAACCCCCCUGACCGAAUCUUCUGGAAAGCUGUUCUCCUCUUGCCGAGCGACCACGAGAGUGUCGCGAGCCUGUCAGACAGGAUCCUGUCAGACUGGCUGGAGGUGAAGCUUAGUGGUGGCAAGGAGUCAGAGGCAAGUGAGGAGCAGCUUGACGGGACACUGCAGACUCUCUGUGUCACCAACACACUCCAGGAAAAAGAACACCACAUUCACAAAGUCCACGUCUGCGUCAAGGCGUCCCGAGGCCCUCUGACUGAAGACGGCCUGUCCAAAAUGGAGGACUGCUGUGAGCUCCAUGGGACGGGAGCUCUGAUCACGUUGCUCCCCGCCCUCCCCAUCGUUGAGCCUGGGCAAGAAGAACAGGAUGUACCUCUGCUGUCAGCCCUGCUUCAGCUUAAACAGCUACAGCAGGCCAGCACCUGGCACUGCCCACUGCCUCUGGUCAUCUUGGUGCCAGGGCCGCAGGGUGGCACUGGUGAUAUUCAGAAACUUGAAGAAGCCCUGAUGCUGCACACACUGGUCAAGGAAGGCCUGAUAUCGGAGUACACAUUCCUCUUCAUACCACAGACCACAAGUGACCUACAGGGAUCCAAACAGCUGAGCCAGGCUAUGCGUUGGCUGCUGGCCCGUGCUCCACCACCCUUCCCACUCUCCUGCCAGACUCUGGUGCAGCUCAUAGAGGCCAGAUUGAGUCGCGAGUUCAGUCCCAGAGUUUACGCUCACCGCCAGGAGCGUGCUGAUGCGUGUCUUCCUUCCGAAGAACCUGCGCCUAUCAUCAAGCUGUACAACGCCAUCCUGGCUCACAUUGCUGACACAGUGUCGUCGCAGGAGCUCAGCAGACUCUCGUGGCCGCCGAGCGAGUUCUGCCUGUCCGAUAACCGUGAGUUUGUCCCUCAUCUGGGCUGGAACUCUGUCCAGCACCUGGCCUGGCUACGCGAAGCCAUCCUCAGCCUGCAGCUGCCACAGUGGGAGCAGCUAUCAGUCACAGACUCAUGGUCUGAGCUCUGCUCCUCCAUCUUUCGCUACGCCGCUCAGAUCCCAGUUUCACGCCGCAGUCAGCCUCUCCUAAUGUCACGGCUGGAAAACCUUCUGGAAAGGGUCCGGCUAAAGGUUCACCAUUCCCGAAACCCCAGAUCCAAGGUAACUACGAGCAACUGGGGCGAUGUAGACGGGAAUUUGUGUCCAUCCUUCUGUCACAUUCCUUGGGACGACGUGCUGGUGAUCUGCAUCGACCACAAGCUGAAAGACUGGCAGAUUCCUGGAGCACCUGUCUGUGAAGACGCUGUGACGGAGGACGGGGAGAUACUGGUUUACUUCCCCACGGAGUCGUUGAAGGAUUUCCAGCCACCUGAGGAAUGGACCCAGGCUAUCAAGCAAACCCACAGGGAGAAGCAGCAAGAGAAGGAAGGGGCGAGUGCAGCUGCUUGUGCCACACCCACCAGUCUGUCCCUCAGACAGAGGUUGUUCCACAGCCUGAUGGAACCUCUCGAGGUCCCGACAUCCUCGCUGGAUAUCACGCACAUUCCCACAACACAAGAGCUUCUGGCCCACAAAGUCCUCCAGAGCUUAGAGGAGGAGAAGGCUGAAAGCAAAAGGACCAUGGAGCAGCUUCAACGCUGGCUGGAUGGGGACCCGGUGGAGCACUUGUCCACACCGCUUUUCGUUCCAUCCUCCACUCUGUUGUCCAUGCCCACAACAAUAACGCAUGCACCCGCUGCCAAGACUCGGGACGCCGCUCUCACACAGGAGUCAGAGCCUGAUGAUCUUUCAGACAGAGCAAACUGGACUAAAACCACACCUGUAUCUAUGGCAUGGCGACUGAAGGAGCUGGAGCGACAGAUUUUGGCGAGCCAAGAGGAAGAACUGGCGUGCAGACUGAAGCUGAGCGGGCUGCUGAGCAUUGUCGAUGACUGAUGAACUGAUGCAGUUCAAUAUUUUAACCAAUGACUAUACAGUUUUGCAAUUUCUUUUGAAAACUGAGGACAAUCUGUGACUCUGUUGAAGUCACAUUCACUGAUUGCAGCAGUGUGUGUCUUUAUUUUUUGUGUGUGUAUUGAAGUCUGGCUUUGUACAAUAGGAAAUGAAAAUCAAGAUUUUUACUCUAGUUUUAUUUCGUAACACAUUUAUGACUUGUAAAGGUGCGUGUGUGUGUGUGUGUGUGUGUGUGUGUGUGUCUCUAUAUACAGUGUCUUCACAUUUUUGUUGGUUUUUGCUCAAAUGUGAUAUGAUGCGGAGUGUGUUUGAAUCUCUAGAGAAGCUGCUUCUGUCUUCAGUGUUUGAACCUAUUUUUUUAUGUUAUGAAAUCCUCUAACUGAUAAAUAUUGAAUAAAAGUGUUUUUUUUUUACCCAUA